AUGAUAAAGAACGAAUUAGAUUACCUAAAAUAUAUCAUCUGUGAUAUGUUUGGAUCUUGUUGUAGUGACAUCAUCGAGAUAAUUCUUCUUUAUGGUAAUAAACUCAGCAUAUAUGAGUUAAUAAAUUUAUCAUCUUACGAGUUUAAUGUUGUAAGAAAUGUUUUAUUAUGCUUACUUAUUCACAAUAUUGUGGAUGUAAAUAUAAUUUAUAGUAAAUCUAUUGAAUGUAAUCAUUUGUCUCCUGAGGAAACUAUAGGCGUGAUAAAUGUAGAUGAUAAUAAUAAAAUCUCUCAAGAUAAUCACAAUGAAAUGAAUCAACAUAGUAAUAAUAAAAUACCACAACAUAGUAAUAACAAAAUACCACAACAUAGUGAUAACAAAAUCAAGUACCUUUUUAAGGAUGGUAUAAAAAAAAAAAAUAUAAUUUCACACCAUAAACAUAAUGAAGAAAUAAAAACCAUUCCAGAUAUACAAAAUGAAGAAAUGCAAUCAUUCAAUUUUUUGUGUAAUAGUAAAAAUUAUGAGUAUAUGAAAAGAUGUAAAUGCGAUUCAUGCAUUUGUAAAAUUAGAAGAGUAGAAUAUUUUGUUAUCAUAAAAAAUAUAUAUGUCCUUGUAAGAUACCCUUCCAUACUUUAUUAUAUACACCCUACUUGUAUAAUCAAAGACAAGAAAAGUAUAACAUCUUUAAAUAAUUUUUCUACCACUUCUUCUGAUUUACAACUUGAUAUGAAUACCUACAAUUUUUUUAAUACUGAAAUGAUUGAUGAAUUUGAAGAUUUAAUAAAUUGGUAUGAUGACAAAAAUGGCGACAUAAUGAAAAAUAAUAAUAAUAAUAAUAAUAAUCAUAAUAAUAAUACUUAUAAUGAUGAUUAUUUACACAAUAGGAACCAAAUCCAAGAUGAUACGUUUUUUCGUAAUUCCAAUGGCCUUGUCGAAAAAAAUGAAACUCUCAACUUUAUUAAAAAAAUUAUUCUUAUAAGAAUUAUAAAAAAUGGGAGAAUGACCAUAAAUAAAUGUAUAGAAAAUUUAAACAAUGAUGACUAUGCUGAAGUUUGUAAAAAAGAUGUUCCUGAGUUAAAUAAAAAUUAUUUGAGAUUCUUAUUUUUAGAAUUAUUAAAAAAAAAGUUCAUAAAGAAAUGUAAAUAUUUUAAUGAGCAUGAAUGUGAAAAUGAUAAACGCCAAAAAUAUGAUGUGAUGAAGAAUGAAGUAAGAAAAAAUGAUAAUUACAAAAAAAUGUAUACAAAUAAUUUGAAAGAUAAUUCUAAUGAUAUUCAUCUUGAGCAAAACGAUCCAAUAGACGAAACAUCAUUGUUAUUAUAUAAGCACACAAAUAAAAACAACAAUAAUAAUGAUAUUAUUAUUAAUAAAAACAACAAUAAUGAUGAUAUUAUUAUUAAUAAAAACAACAAUAAUAAUGAUAUUAUUAUUAAUAAAAACAACAAUAAUGAUGAUAUUAUUAAUAAUAAAAACAACAAUAAUCAUGAUAUUAUUAUUAAUAAAAACAACAAUAAUAAUGAUAUUAUUAUUAAUAAAAACAACAAUAAUAAUGAUAUUAUUAAUAAUAAUAACAUUUGUUGUAAUAAUAAUGUAACAAACUCGGAGAAGCCAAUACAUUACAACCCUUACAACGAUAUCUACCCAAAUGAUUAUCCACAUACAACCAAAAAGAAAUAUAACAAAAAUAUAAUAAAUAACAAAAAAAAAAAACAUACUACAAUAGACGAAAUUUAUGAUAAUACAGAUAUUUCAAAAAAUAAUUUGAAGAAAAGAAAAAUCGAUGAUGAUAUCAUAAUUACAGAACAAGAAAAUUAUAUGCCCAAUAAUAUUGAUGAACAACAGAAAAGAAGAGAAGUUAUAAAACAAUUACAUAAUGAGGAUAUUAAUAUAAAAAUGAAUAAAUCGAUAAAAACUUAUAACGAAUAUAAUAUAAAUGGAAUAUAUAAAAAUAAUCAUAAUGAUAAUUUAUUAAAACUUAUAGAUAAUAAGUAUACUUAUUUCCAAGUUGACAAUGAUACGUUGUCAAUUAUUUAUCUUAAACAAGAAUGUUUUAAUUUUAUUACUCAUUUUUUUAAUUUGAAUGAAGUAUCUAAAUGUAUAUUUUAUGUUUUAUUAACUAAUGUAAAAUUUUAUUAUUCGCAAGAACAAAAUGAUUAUAAAGACACAUGUUUAUUUUUGUCAUUUGAAUAUAUAGAGAAAUGUGUAAUAAGCAAAUUAAAAAGAAAUAAAAAUAUAUUUGUUGAUAAACAUAUGGUAUUACAAAAUUUAAAUGCAUUAAUAAAAUUACCUGAUCAAUUAAUACAAAUUAAAUGUAAUCAAGUUAUAACAUAUGCUGCAGAUUUUCAUAAUAUAAAAAAUAUUUAUAAAAAAAAAAUUAUCUCAAGUGUCCUAGAAAAUAUGACAGGUCUUGAAGCAUUAAGAAUUUGGAAAUAUCUACUAAUAAAUUCGGAAGAAAAAAUAAAUGAUGAACUUAUAAGUGAACAUGUUCUAAUACCUUUAAAUGAUGUUAGAAAAAAAUUAUAUCAUUUAUUAUAUCAUGGAUAUAUUAAAGCACAUGAAUAUAACAACUCAAAUAAUAAUAAAACAUAUAUAAAACAUUCAUUAUCCUUCUCUACAGAUUUUCAUUUUACUAGUUAUAAAGUUAAAGAAAAUCUAUUUACUAUAGCAAAAAAUAUUUAUAUUAGAAAGUUUCUAGAAAAUAAUGAAAUCAAUACAUUACACAACAAAUCGAAUAUUUGUAUUAACGAAACGCAAGAUCAUAAUAAAAAAAAAAAAAUUACAUUAACGUCAAAGGAAUAUGCAGUGGACUAUUUAGAAAUGGCUCUAAUAAACAUGGACAAGCUUAUAUUCAUAUUCUCAUCAUAA